ACCACCUGGAGCUCACCACGGACACGAACAUGUUCUUCGAGGACUACAUGAGCUACAGCGGAGGUUCCAAUCCUUUCCAACACUUGGAAAAGAGUGCAGUGCUGCAAGAAGCUCGGGUAUUCAAUGAAACACCUAUAAACCCUCGGAAAUGUGCUCACAUCCUCACCAAGAUUCUGUAUCUCAUAAAUCAGGGGGAACACCUUGGUGUGAUGGAAGCCACCGAAUCCUUCUUUGCAAUGACCAAACUGUUCCAGUCCAAUGAUCCCACCCUCCGCAGGAUGUGCUACCUGACCAUCAAGGAGAUGUCGACCAUCUCUGAGGAUGUCAUCAUAGUGACUAGCAGUUUAACUAAGGAUAUGACUGGGAAGGAUGACAACUACAGGGGCCCUGCUGUGCGAGCUCUCUGCCAGAUUACAGAUACAACCAUGCUGCAAGCCAUCGAGCGCUACAUGAAGCAGGCCAUUGUCGACAAGGUGCCCAGCGUGUCCAGUUCCGCCCUCGUGUCCUCCCUGCACCUUCUGAAGACAAGCUUUGACGUGGUAAAGCGCUGGGUGAAUGAAGCGCAGGAAGCAGCCUCCAGUGAUAACAUCAUGGUCCAAUAUCAUGCCCUUGGCUUGCUGUAUCAUGUGCGCAAGAACGACCGCUUGGCUGUCAACAAAAUGCUCAACAAGUUCAUGCGCCACGGCUUGAAAUCACCUUUUGCUUAUUGCAUGAUGAUCCGUGUAGCCAGCAAACUGCUAGAUGAAGAAGCUGCAGGGCAUGAUAGCCCCCUGUUUGAUUUCAUCGAGAGCUGCUUAAGGAGCAAGCACGAGAUGGUGGUCUAUGAAGCUGCAUCGGCCAUUGUCAACCUGCCCAGCUGCACGGCCAAAGAGCUAGCACCCUCCGUGUCUGUGUUGCAAUUGUUCUGCAGUUCACCCAAAGCAGCCCUUCGGUAUGCAGCAGUUCGAACCCUCAACAAGGUUGCAAUGAAGCAUCCUUCUGCUGUGACUGCCUGCAACCUUGACUUGGAGAACUUGGUGACAGACUCCAACCGCAGCAUUGCUACGUUGGCCAUCACAACCUUGCUGAAAACAGGCAGCGAGAGCAGCAUUGAUCGGCUUAUGAAGCAGAUUGCAUCCUUCAUGUCUGAAAUUUCAGAUGAGUUCAAGGUCGUGGUGGUACAGGCCAUCAGCACCCUCUGUCAGAAGUACCCACGCAAACAUGCCAUCCUCAUGAACUUCCUCUUCACCAUGCUCCGGGAGGAGGGCGGCUUUGAGUACAAGCGAGCCAUUGUGGAAUGUAUCAUCAGCAUAAUUGAGGAGAACUCCGAGAGCAAGGAAACUGGCCUCUCCCACCUGUGUGAGUUCAUUGAAGAUUGUGAGUUCACUGUCCUGGCUACCCGUAUUCUCCACCUGUUGGGCCAGGAAGGCCCCAAGACCAACAACCCUUCGAAAUACAUCCGUUUCAUUUACAACCGAGUCGUCUUGGAACAUGAGGAGGUCCGGGCAGGUGCUGUGAGUGCUUUGGCCAAAUUUGGAGCUCAGAAUGAAGAGAUGCUGCCGAGCAUCCUAGUGCUGCUGAAAAGGUGUGUGAUGGAUGAUGACAAUGAAGUGAGAGACAGGGCCACGUUCUACCUGAGCGUCUUGGAGCAGAAGCAAAAGGCCCUGAAUGCUGGCUACAUUCUGAAUGGAUUGACUGUAUCCAUCCCUGGCCUGGAGAGGGCACUACAUCAGUAUACUCUGGAGCCGUCUGAGAAACCCUUUGAUCUGAGGUCGGUUCCCUUGGCAACCACACCCAUCGUUGAACAAAGAACAGCAGAAAAUGCUCCUAUAUCUUCAGUCAAGCAGCCAGAGAAGGUGGCAGCAACCCGACAAGAAAUAUUCCAAGAGCAACUAGCAGCUAUUCCAGAGUUCGCGGGACUUGGUCCACUGUUCAAGUCCUCUUCUGAGCCAACAGCACUUACAGAAUUGGAGACAGAGUAUGUAAUCCAGUGUACCAAGCACACAUUCACCAACCACGUGGUGUUUCAGUUUGACUGCACAAACACCCUGAAUGAUCAGAUCCUGGAAAAUGUCACAGUGCAGAUGGAGCCAGCAGAGGGAUAUGCAGUGAUUGGUUAUGUACCUGCCAAAAGCUUGCAAUACAACCAACCUGGAACUUGCUAUACAUUGAUUGCAUUGCCUGAAGAGGACCCAACAGCAGUGGCUUGUACGUUCAGCUGUAUGAUGAAAUUCACCGUCAGGGACUGUGAUCCAAACACUGGUGAAGCUGAGGAGGAGGGUUACGAGGAUGAAUAUGUGCUGGAGGACAUUGAGGUGACCAUAGCCGACCACAUCCAAAGGGUUCUGAAGCCAAAUUUUGGAGCAGCCUGGGAAGAAGUUGGUGAUGAGUUUGAAAAAGAAGAAACGUUCACGUUAUCCACUGUAAAAACACUAGAAGAGGCGGUAAGCAACAUUGUGAAGUUCCUGGGGAUGCAGCCCUGUGAGCGGUCAGACAAAGUGCCUGAAAAUAAGAAUUCGCAUGCCUUGUAUCUGGCAGGUGUGUUUCGGGGUGGUCACGACCUCUUGGUUCGCGCUCGCCUUGUCCUGACAGACAACGUGACGAUGCAAGUCACUGCGCGGAGUAGAGAAGAGCUUCCUGUGGAUGUCAUCAUGGCCUCUGUUGGCUAGGCACAUUUUAGGACUUUGCAUUUCAAAUUCCGAAGUUGAAGGGGGUAUUGGAAAUCUCUUCUCACUAUUUUGGAUGCUGAGGGGAUCAUUAGAAUACUGGCAUCAGCUCUUUUUCUAAUUAGAAAAUAAAGAUUACUUGUGUGGAUUAAAGCCCAAGAGCGUUUGUAAGGGAUGCUAAGAGGUUUAUGAAGGUCUGAAUAGGUCAUUUCUUUCAGAAUCUCUAGGCCACUUUGAAAGAGCAUCACUUUUCAUACCAAACUGGAAGGCUUCACUGACAAAGGAUCCUGAAGUUGUUUUUAUGGGCUCUAAUUGUGGUAACAGCGUGUCAGAUACCUACUGUGAACAAUGAGAGCCUUUACAGUCAGGACAAUUAAGUCCUUCCAAACAGAUUAUAAAAAUAACCUGAUUUUUUCUCUCAAUAGCCGUGCCAAGGUUUAGCUUCCUUACAGAAACUUUAAAAUACAUGCAUGUGUCAUGGUAUUGCGGAAAGGCUAUCUUGGUGCUCGCUGAAAUUUGAAAGGAAAUUAAGUGUAUAGGGUCACCAUUUCUUGCUCCUGUUGUACUGAAAAAAUACCAACAAAUACCUACAUGUUGAUGUACAGCAUGUUUGUAUCAAAAUUAGCUGGCUCUAGUCAAGGCCAGUUUUUCUUUUCUUAUAUGCUAUAAGAAGAACCCUUCUUGCUAUAAAGAGCUGUUUCUGGAAGGGAUUCCAAAUCACACUCUGCCAAAGUAAUUUUAAAUGCUAAAGAAAAAGGCACAGGGCUAUCCUAAGAGUCAGCCUGACCCUAAAGCAGUAGAUUACUGUGCAAUCUCUCUCUCUCUUUUGUAUUUUGCAAUAUCUGGAAAAAAAGAACAGUCAAAUAAAUGUUUGCUAGUCAUGUUA